AUGGUUAAAAAUUUCAUCGUCGCGCAGGCUGCAAUCGUGCUCGUUAGCAACCAAUCAUAUCUAAAUUCUUGUUUAGACUCAUAGAUUAACGAAUUAAUAAAAUAAUUAUUACUUUUUAUUCUAUGAAGACUUGAACAGACGUCUUCUAUAUCAUUGUUUAUAGUAUUUGAUAGUGCUUUUUCUGUUUACCUACUAGCGUACACUCUACUCUUUCUCAGUCUUUCACUUUCGAGCUUUGGCAUUUGUUGUCAUAUUCGGGUCUGAAGUUUUGACGACUUACUAAACGAGAUGGCUGGUAGAUCGCGAGGACGUAACAAUAACGGCAGGUUUCACAACAUCAAUUCACGUAAUGAACGGAAUAAUGAACAUGAUGAUCGAACUUCAAGACCUAGCACAAGAGGAGGUGGUGGCUACUUAGAUCGUCAUGGUUAUAAUAAAAAAGUGACAUUCAAAGCAAACAACCGUGGAGGUAAUAAUUUUCGUAAAAGUUGGGAGGGUAAAACUGAUCUAGUUCGUGAUCAAUUGGAUAGUGAAUAUUCUAAUCGAAAUGGACCACCUAGAAAUAAUUCUGGUCGGCGGUCUUUUCCUGAAAGAAAUCAUGGCCGCGGUGGUCAUGGUAACUUCAGAAACUUAUCAUGGUCUUUAAAAGAAAGUAGUACUGGAUGGUACUCAGUAUUUGUGCCAAAUGUUGAAGAUAGUGAUGAAGUGUUAAAAAUAAUACAAACUUAUAUUACACCUGUUGUAUUUUAUCCAUAUAAUAAACAAUAUUUUGAUAAUGCAUUAAGAUUUCUUGUUGAUGAUUAUAAGGUUGCUAAAGCAUUGCACAACACUAGCUAUAAGAUAACACAAAGAGAUGAUCGAAAAUUAGUUAUAAAGGUAUUAUUAUAUUCACCUCCACGUGGUCCUAUAUCAUUCACACCAGUAUCCAAUGAAGUCAGAGAAAAAAUGAUAGAAGCUAUGGCAACCCGAUACAAUCCUAGUACCAAGAGUUUGGAUUUGUCACGUUUUUAUGCUUGUUCAUUAUUUACCGAUAAUCAACUGUUUGUACCAUUAAAUCGACCAGCAGUUCUUUUGGCAGCAUUAAAUAUAGUUGCUCAACAUACCAAACAUGAUUUGUAUGGUUUGAGUCUUGAAAAUAAUCACAUUUACUUAGGUGAAGGUCUUAUAUGGAUACGUAGAUUGUUUCCUGAACUUAAAGUGUUGGAUUUGGCUGGGAACAAAUUUUCUGAUUUAAAAGAACUGAGAUGUCUCUCUGGUUAUACUAUUGAAGUGCUGAACUUGUCAAGAAAUCCAGUGUGUGAUACAGAGGACAAAGAGCGUUACAAACGGGAUGUACAACAAUUUUUUCCUAUGCUAACUAAGUUGGAUAAUUCAGAACUGCCAUCUCGGUACAGUGCGAUUGGAUCCAAAUUUAAAAUGCCAAUUAAUUUGGGUAAUUGUUACCCAAUACCAGAAGGCCAUAAUCCCGAACUACCAAAUCCGGUGAUGUCUUUAGUUGAAUCUUUUCUCGCUCAAUAUUAUGAACGGUAUGAUAAUCAAGUAUCCAGACAAAUGGUUUCAGAAGCUUACCAUGAAAACGCUACUUUUACAUUAUCUAGUGGUUUUCUAUUUAAAAAUGUUAAAGGAAGUUUAUCACAAUACCUACAUGAAGGUAGAAAUUUUUUAAAGUCUGACAGAAAUAAGCAAGGAAGAAGUCGGUUUUUACAUAAAGGCAAAGAAAACAUAAUAAAUUUUCUUGACAAGUUACCUAAAUCCAAGCAUGAUCUUGGAUCAUUCAUAGUUGAUGUUCCUUUGGCAACUGCUGCAAUGGUUCAGAUUGUACUAAAUGGUGUGUUUGCUGAAGACUUUAAAGAAACCAACUAUAGACAUGUAUACCGAUCAUUCUGCAGAACAUUCUGUAUAGUGCCUGUAGGAAGUGGUUGGAGUAUAAUAAGUGAUAUGCUUUUUAUAACAAUAGUUACUGAUGAGUUAUUAUUAGAAACUUCAAAACGGUUUCAUAUUUUCAAACCAAAACCAGUGUCAUCAAAAAGAAAUAAUUCUAAUGGCAACAGUAACCAAAAUGUAACAAUGUUUAUGGAGGAUACUGAUGAAAUGGCUGGCAUGGAAUCAUCAUCAUCCAGUCAACAAUCCACACCCAAUUACCCACCACCAACUUAUCAGCAAUCCACAUUUUCAUCUUAUCAGUCUUCACAAAUGACUGCUCCACAGCAGCCAUCUCCUUAUCAAGGGAGUACAUCUACUCCACAGAUCCAACAAAUGGCACCUGCUGCUACUGUUAAUUUCCAACCAGACUCACAACGGCAGCCAACUGCCUCAUUUAAUAUGUUUAACUCAAUAUCACCUUCAACAGCAGCAUUUCCUACAACUUCAACACCUGCCUCCUUGCCAGUAAAUCAAUUGUCUACUGAAGCGCCUGUAAAUUUGAUCAGCGAUGUUAAUGCAAAUCCUGAUAAGAUGUCUCUGGUUAAGAGUUUUUCAAAUGAGUCUGGAAUGAAUAACGAGUGGGCUAAAAAGUGUUUAGAAGAAAAUGGAUGGGAUUAUGCUAAAGCUGCUGCAUGUUUUUCAGAACUGAAAGCCAAUAUUCCACCUGCGGCUUUUAUACAUUAAUGAGAAUAGUCUGAUAUUAAUGAUUCAUUAAAUUGUUUUGGUUUAUUUUUCCAUAUUGUCAACAAUAUAAAUUUAAAAAAAAAAAAUGUAAGCUUGCUAUUGCGGAACAACCAAAACCAUUUUUUUUAAAU